CGGCGGCCUCCUUGGCGGUCUUGGACACGUCGAGCCGGGCAGAAGUGGAGGGGGCUUCUGAAGAGUCGUGAGGGGGUGACGAGUUAAUUUUCUGGAAGAGAGGCGCCGGUUGCGGCACUCGAUCUGGGAAGAAUCGUCUGCUGACUCUCCACCUUUCUUGGAAAAAUGAGCCAUUCCCACCAUGUGGGGAUGAGCUAUGUGGACCACAACAAUACCAUGCCACCUUCUCAGCACCACCCGAUGACCUCAGCCCCUCACUCCCAUGGCGGGGGAGCUGGCGACAUGAUGAUGAUGCCCAUGACCUUCUACUUCGGUUUUAAGAAUGUGGAACUAUUGUUUUCUGGCCUGGUGAUCAAUACAGCUGGAGAAAUGGCUGGAGCUUUUGUGGGCGUGUUUUUACUAGCAAUGUUCUAUGAAGGACUCAAGAUAGCCCGAGAGAGCCUGCUGCGCAAGUCACAAGUCAGCAUUCGCUACAAUUCUAUGCCUGUCCCAGGGCCAAAUGGAACCAUUCUUAUGGAGACACACAAAACUGUUGGGCAACAGAUGCUGAGCUUUCCUCACCUCCUGCAAACAGUGCUGCAUAUCAUCCAGGUGGUCAUCAGCUACUUCCUCAUGCUCAUCUUCAUGACCUACAAUGGGUACCUCUGCAUUGCGGUCGCAGCAGGCGCCGGCACGGGGUACUUUCUCUUCAGCUGGAAAAAGGCAGUGGUUGUGGACAUCACAGAGCAUUGCCAUUAACGUCAGGCUCCAUGGUGUGGCCUUAUCGAGUGCAGUGGGAAGCAGGUCAAGACUGGAAGACAUGAUUCUGGCUCUUUAUCUCCUUAAACAUGCGCACGCGCGCGCACACACACACACACACCUGCUCAUAUCUUCCCUUGCUCCUUAUCUCCUUACACACACACACACAAACACACAAUAUACCACCCCACCCCACCCCUGCUCACUAGAGGUUUAGCUUAGUCUCUGAGCUAAAGUGGUAACCUCCCUCUUUUUACCUGAGCUGAGCUUCCCAUUUCUCUUGAAGCGAAGCCACCCAUGAGAUGUCCCCUCCUCCACCAUCAUCUUAGAUCCAAGUUGUAUGUUCUGGUCUAAUCCAGGUAGCUUUCUAUUCAAUGAUGAUCACCUGCUUCCUUUCUUAAUCUUCUGUUUUUAUUUUUUUAACAGACAAUCUGUGAAUUUGGUGGGUUUUUCCUGGGUCAAGGAUGGAAAGGGAUUAACUUCAGCCAAGGUAUAUGGCAGCUGAGGGAAAUUCUUGCCCAACUAAACCCAGAGCCCAAACUUAACAUUAAAAAAUAAGUUCCAGUCUUUGGACUCAGUGAGUGGGAAAUACAUUGUGCCUUUCCCUAGGUAUGAUGUCUUGCAUCGAAAUCUUUGUACUGGGCAGAGGGGCUAGUUUGAGAUUAAAUCCAGGCCUGGAGCUUGCAGAAGUAUGCAUUCUUGGGUGGCUGACUCAUCAACUGAGUUCCCACUUAACAUUUUGAUUAGAAUGAACUUGUUAAGCAAAAAAAAAAAAAAAUGACAAUCAGUUUGAGAAAAUAGAAAUAGGUAUUUUAAAAUAAAGUCAUUGACAUUUUACUUUGACUUGAUACCUUGGUUUGUCACAGCUGAAUGAAGCAGAAGAGUUUGAAUCAUUAUCUCCCAUUAUUCUUCCCAUGUGUCUGCCUCUGAACUCAUGAUUUUCAAACUUUAGCUGCAGAAAAAUUACCUCGAGGGCUUAUUAAAAACACUAGUUGCUGGGCCUCGAACCAGAGCCAAAAAUUGGCAUUUCUAACAAGUUCCCAGGUGAAACUCCUGCUGAUGGUCACACUACCACACUUUGAGAAUCUCUGCUUUAAACUAAGGAUGUAUCACCUGGUGGGGUGAACAUGGGAAUUCGAAUUGCUCAUUGGUAGCAGGUAUGUCUGGGCUUCACUCGUGUACCAUAUGCUGCUGGUCAACACUUAAUCAUUCCACAAACAUUUAUUCAGCCCCAGCUGUGUGUGUGCCCCCACCCGCAUACACACACGAAGGGCUAUAGCCAAAGUAACUUUUAUCAGCAUCUGUGAAAUCACCAGUCAUUUUUAAAGAGCUAUAGUUUCUUGGCAGAAACUUAAAGGUUGAGAAAGACCUUUGAUCUACAAUGUAAAUCAACCAGUCAGAGGCCAGAAUGGCAAAAGUCUAGCCCUGUCAUUGGAGAGAAGCUUAGGGUAUCGUCUGCUGCUGCCCAGAUUUUCCUCAGCCCCCAACAUCCAUGCCCUUGCUAGGCAGAUUCUCCUCCUCUGCUUGACCAUCUUUGGUACUCUUGGUGGCUUAAUUAGAUCACAAGUGGCCCAAACCUUUGUCAAUGAAGAAUCACAUUGAAUUUUUAUCUGUUCAGUUGUUAGUCUACACUGCAAUUUUGUUCCCAGUCCAAACUACCUCUGUAAAGUGGCUCUUCUCUGCUGGCCUGUUAAAUCCUGCCCUCCUUGGUGCUAGACUCCACUGUGCCUCAGGGCAGAAGAGAUAUAACACAGCUAUCCAGUUGGCCUCUGUUGUGGUUUUGAAGUUUGUACUUUUCUCUGUGGGUACAGUUAAAUAUUGGAGAGUGAGGAAUGUGUACUUCCAUGGCUUUGAACCAAGAGAGGGUUAUGAGUCUACUGGACUGGGUUAAAAUCUAAGAAUCAACAUUUAGUUUUGUGCUUUGCUCUCAUUUUAACCCCUUGUAGUGCCAAUACUUAGCAUGAGCAGAGUAAAUGACAGGUACUGACAGAGUCAACAUUAAGGUGAAAAUAGCCUGUUACUGUCUCAGAAGCCAAGGAAUAAUAAAACCAUGACAAAUAAAAUAGUGUUUAGUAGUGACCCUGGUGCUGUCUAGAAAUCUUGGCAUGAGCUGCUAUAAAAUAGCCCUUUCAAGAACAGGAUCUUAUCAUGAGGAAAAAUCAUGACCAGUUAAAAAAAGUGCUAUGAAUUUGAAACUCCCAGAAACAUCAGUUUGGGAUAUGUCUUCAGGUAUUCAAGAUAGAGCCUCCUGAAAAACCUGAAUUCCAGCAAUUCUUAGACUAGGUUGCCAAAGGAAGAAUCUAGUGAAGGAGAAAAAAAAAAAAGCUUAAAUUCCUUCUUUCUUGAGCUGUUGGAUUGUGAUAAUGAUUCCAUUGAUUUUCAUUUCUGCAUCCCUGUUCAUUUGGAAUUUACUGCCUGGCUUUGUUCCUUUUGGAUCCAAAUUUCUCUUUUCCUUCUUCCCUAUUCAAAUCUCUUAAAAGCCCGUAUCCCCAUUUCUUUGGCCCCUUUCUCUGUUAUUUUCUCUUUUUUCUGUCUUUUACCGUAUAUCUAAAAGAUACUGUCUUUUAUCCCGUAUGUUUAGUUUAUUAAGUCUCCCCAGCCCUCCUGACGCAGUGGACAUUACUGUGCAGUGGACAUAGAUACCAACUAGAGUUGUAAUAUUUGGUAGAGACCUUACACACAUUUCGAGGAGCAGUUGUCCCACUGGAACUUCGGUAAGGCUGGGUAGAGGGCUACCAAGUACCAUCUGCAGUUACCGAAUCUUAUGUGCUCUCCCCACGUUUGCUGGAGGAACAGUGAGCCCCCUGUUGCCCACAAAUGGAAUCCUGUAUCCACCAGGGAAUUAGAGAUGAAGGUUUCCUCACUAGUUCUGUAAUGGGGUGUCUAGAGUUCCUUUUCGGGCUGUGAGGCACUGGUCUUGAGUUCUAGCCACAAAGCGUGUUCUAGGAGGAGCUGAAAGGGGCAGGGGGUACACUUUCAUGUCAUUUAAUUUUGAUCCUGCCCUCUCCAGCUGCUUCUUUCAAAAAAUACUAUACAUCUAAAGAUACAAAGUCUACAUUUGAUAUAAUGCCUUAAUCACUGGGUCUACAAUUAAUGUUGACUUUUAGAUUGUAAGCUCCCAGAGAGCAGUAUUGUUGUAGUAGGAAUGUUCUAACAGUAUCAUGUACAAAAGAACAAAAUAAAUAUUUUGAUUUUGUGAUUCUA